AUGGCGGACGGUGUGGAUCAUAUCGACAUCUACGCCGAUGUAGAGGAGGAAUUUAACCAGGAGGCUGAAUAUCCAGUGCAUGAACAGAUUGACUUGUAUGAUGAUGUCAUUUCCCCCUCGGCCAACAAUGGAGAUGCUCCAGAGGACCGGGACUAUCUGGACUCCGCUCCAGGAGGCACUGAAGGAGGGAAAAAUGCUCAAUCAAAUUCAGCUUACAACUACUCGGGCAAAAGGAUAGCUUUGUACAUCGGAAACCUUACUUGGUGGACCACAGAUGAAGAUCUAACGGAAGCCAUCCGCUCCAUUGGCAUCACAGACAUGCUGGAAAUAAAGUUUUUUGAAAACCGAGCGAAUGGCCAAUCCAAAGGGUUUGCAUUAGUAUGUGUCGGGUCUGAGGGCUCCUCCCGGAAGUUGAUGGACUUGCUCUCAAAGCGAGAGCUCCAUGGCCAGAAUCCCAUUGUUACACCAUGUAACAAACAAUCGCUGAGCCAAUUUGAGAUGCAGUCUCGUAAAAGCACUUCGGGACAGAUGUCUGGAGAAGGCAAGGCCGGCCCACCGGGCGGCUCUCGUGGAGGAUUCCCCAUGGGAAGAGGAGGUAGGGGCAGAUACCCCGGACCACCCGGCCCAGGUGACCGCUUUCCUGGCCCUCCUGGCCCUGGAGGACCACCACCACACUUCCCAGGAGGAAUGCAGGGCCCCCCACGGCCUCCUCUUGGACCUCCUAUGCACCCAGGCCCCCCUGGCCAUCCUCCUCCAGGCCAAGGCUUACCUCCGCCCAUGCCUGGUCCCCCUGGACGUGGGGACAGACCACCUCCCCCUGUAUUGUUCCCUGGUCAGUUUGGACAGCCUCCUCUGGGGCCAAUGCCUCCGGGGCCACCUCCUCCAGGCUAUGGUCCCCCCCCUGGACCACCACCUCCUCAACAAGGACCUCCACCUCCAGGCCCAUUCCCCCCACGGCCACCUGGACCUCUUGGCCCCCCAUUGUUAGGCCCCCCUCCUCAUCUGGCAGGUCCACCUCCAGGUGGACCACCACCUGCUCCACACGUCAACCCGGCCUUCUUCCCCCCACCAGGAAACAACAUGCCCCCAAACGACAGAGGCCCCCCAGGAGCCAAUGACCCAUAUGGCCGCCCGCCACCAUAUGAGAGGGAUUUUGGACACGGAGGACGGGAAAUGGACUCCUCUCGAGCCCCUCUGAGCGAGGCAGAGUUUGAGGAAAUUAUGAACAGAAAUCGAGCCAUCUCCUCCAGUGCCAUCUCUAGAGCAGUGUCUGACGCCAGUGCAGCGGACUACGGCAGUGCCAUUGAGACUCUAGUCACAGCAAUCAGUCUGAUUAAACAGUCCAAGGUGUCAGCUGACGACCGCUGUAAGGUGCUCAUCAGCUCUCUGCAGGAUUGUCUACAUGGUAUAGAGUCCAAGAGUUACGGCUCCGCACGAGAGCGCUCCAGAGAAAGGGAUCACAGCCGAUCCAGAGAGAAGAGCAGGCGUCACAAAUCCCGCAGCCGUGAGCGGGACCGUCACGAGGACUACUACAGAGAGCGCAGCCCAGCAGCUCACGAGGACGCGGAAGGAUCAGGACAGAGCGGCUGCAUGACGGGACUCUUCUCCUCACUGCGCAUCACUGCGGAGCCCGACUCUGGCUUUGGCUCCACCAUCUCAGAAGCAUACGCCCUCUGCUCUCCCUGUAAUAUGUUUAAAAAGAUGAGUGAAUUCGGUCCAGACUCCGGGGGAAGGGUGAAGGGGAUUACGAUUGUCAAACCAAUUGUGUUUGGAAAUGUAGCGCGUUACUUUGGAAAGAAAAGAGAAGAGGAUGGCCAUACUCACCAGUGGUCCGUGUACGUGAAGCCCUACAGAAACGAGGACAUGUCUGCUUAUGUCAAGAAGAUCCAAUUUAAACUGCACGAGAGCUAUGGGAACCCUUUGAGAGUGGUGACAAACCCUCCCUACGAAAUCACAGAGACUGGCUGGGGAGAGUUUGAAAUCGUCAUCAAGAUCUUCUUUAUUGACCCCAAUGAGCGGCCUGUCACACUGUACCACCUCCUGAAGCUGUUCCAGUCGGACUCCAGUGCUUUGCCCAAGAAGACUGUGGUGUCAGAGUUUUAUGAUGAAAUGAUCUUCCAGGAUCCUACAGCAAUGAUGCAGCAGCUUCUGACAACAUCCAGACAGCUCACACUGGGGGCAUACAAACAUGAGACUGAAUUUGGUGAACUGGAACAGAAGACAAAAGAGAAAGUCGAGGCUGCAAAGAAGAAAACUAACCAGGAGAUCACAGAGCUCAAAGACAAACUAAAGGCUAGUCGAGAAAACAUCAACCACCUCAAAUCUGAAAUCCGGAAACUGGAGGAGGACGGGGAUCAGAAAGACCACUGA